CGCCACCGCCAAUUCUGUGUUUGAGUAAUGAGUAGCAGAAGCUACUGGGCCUUCCCCAAACCUCCUCGAUCUCGAUCGUAUCAACUAACAAAAAGUUCCACUCUCUUCCUACAAAUUUCUACUUCAAGUACACCUACACCCUUCUAAAUUCUUGUACCACUUACGUUGUACCCAAGUCAAGUCAUCAUAUCCAGGCAAUAAACAUAGCAUGAAUAAUCCAGGUGGUGACACUACUACUGCUGAAGUUACAAAUCUCUCCCCUAUUGCUACUGAGAAGGAUCUUCAUCAUUUUUUUGCUCUCUGUGGGAACAUUCAUCAUAUCCACAUUCUCAGAGCUAGUGAAGUUGCAAGUACAGCCUAUGUGACCUUUAAAUCUUCACAUGCAUUGGAAAUCGCUGUAUUGCUUAAUGGCGCCAUAAUUGUGGAUCAACCUGUAUGCAUAGCCCGUUGGGAACACUACAAAGACGAUGAUAACUGGAACCACUUUUCCUGGAAGCCUGAAGAUCAUUCUUCAUCAAUUCAACAUGGAUAUGGAUAUGUUCCCUCUGCUGAGGAAGUAAUUAGCGUGGCUCAAGACGUGGUUAAAACAAUGUUGUCGAAAGGAUAUGUACUAGGAAAAGAUGCUUUGGAAAGAGCUACAGCUUUCGACCAAUCGCAUCAAUUAUCGGCCAGUAUCUUAAAGGGUGCUGUGUGGGUGUCCGACGCUUUGAGUGAAGCGGCAGAAGCUGCGGUUGAUUUCGGCAGUCAAGGCAUAACAAAUACGUAGUAAUAAUUAAAUUGUCUUGCGUGCUAUAAAUUGCGGUGAUUCAUUGGUCUCUUAGAGCAUCCACACUAGAGAAGCAAGUGGGGAAAAUGGAUUACUUUUAAGGCACGUUUGGUUCAGAUCAUCUUUGA